UGUGACGUCAUGUAGGGUUUGUAGUGAUUAGUUUCUCAAAAGGACUCGGCAAGCCAUGGAUAGUUUAGGGUUCUUACGGGCGCAGUUGCCUUUAACAGUGUUAUUGUCAUGUAUGUUUACAUUCUCCUCCGGCAGUGAAAUGAAUUUUGUAACGUGCGGGUCGGUGGUGAAGCUGCUCAAUGUGAAACACAACGUCAGGUUACACUCUCAUGAUGUCCGCUAUGGAUCUGGUAGUGGUCAGCAGUCGGUGACCGGUGUGACCACGGUGGAGGACAGUAACAGUUACUGGAGUGUGAGGGGCACCAGUGAUGCCUCAUGUCAUCGAGGGACUCCGGUACAGUGUGGACAGAACAUCCGAUUGACCCAUGUGAACACGGGCCGCAAUCUACACAGCCACUACUUUACUUCUCCUCUUUCUUCAAAUCAGGAGGUCAGUGCCUUUGGUGAGAACGGCGAGGGUGACCAUCUGGACGAGUGGACCGUUCUGUGUGCAGGCUCUGUUUGGCAGCGGGAUGAGUCAGUUCGGUUCCGCCACACGGCCACCGAGGCUCUGCUGUCUGUGACGGGAGAACAGUACGGCAGACCCAUCCACGGCCAGAGAGAAGUGCACGGCAUGAUGGUCAGCAGCUCACACAGCUACUGGAAAACAAUGGAGGGCGUCUUCAUGAAACCCAGUGAGAUUGGAUCCAGGGAUUUCAGCAGGCCAUUGCACACUGAGUUUUAGAGAAACGAGCUCACUCUGCUGGACUCUUUACAGUUCUAUUGUUAUGAAAAAGAGUUUUAUGAUCAAAUUGUGCCAUAUGCUUAUUUUUUAAACACUUUUAAGCAUAUGAUUUUAUAUUGCACAGCAUACACUACUGUUCAAAAGUUAGGGGUCAGUAAGGAUUAUUAAGGUUUUGACAACAAAUAUUAAACAUCACAACUGUUUUC